AUGCCUCGUGUCUCUGGCCAGUGUCUUCUGGACGAGAAGACUGUGCUUCUCCAGAUACGAAGUGAAAUCACUUAUUCUUCGGCAUCCACCAAGCUGCUGCUGUGGGAUGAAAGAGUUGACUGCUGCCGCUGGCCAAACUUUUUCCAAGGUUUCAAAAAUCUGACUGUUUUGAGCCUGGCAGACCAGGAUGGAAACAAACUUUCUGGUCAUAUAAAUGAAUUGCAAAAUGUUACUUCUCCACUGGCAUUACUUGAUUUGAGCAACAACAAUUUGGAAGGGACAAUACCUUCCUUCUUCUUUCAAUUCCAAAAUCUGUCAACCCUCUUUCUCGGGAUGAGCCAAAUACCUUCAUUUUUCUUUCAACUUCAGAAUCUUACAUUUCUCUAUCUUUCAUCAAACAAAUUUUCUGGUCAAAUGAUUGAUUUGCAAAAUGUGACUUCUCCUCUGGAAGUUGUUGAUUUGAGCAUGCAGCAACAACUUGGAAGGGACAAUACCUUCAUUCUUCUUUCAAUUACAGAAUCUUAA